UGGGAGUCCUCUCUCAGAGCGAGAGUUGGUGAGGUUAAGGCGGGGAGGAUGGCGGACCCUGCACCGCAGACCCCGCCUCCCGGACCCCGGCCCGCCGCCGCUCUGUGCGACCCCGAGCGUGGCUGGAGCGUGUCUUUCGUGGGCUGCGGCUUCCUGGGCUUCUACCACCUCGGGGCGACCCGCUGCCUGAGCGAGCGCGCCCCGCACCUCCUCCGCGACGCGCGCAUGAUCUUCGGUGCCUCUGCUGGGGCGCUGCACGGCGUCACCUUCCUCGCCCGCAUUCCCGUGGACAUUACUCUGAAGUUCCUCACAGACCUUGUCGAGUCCGCCAGAAGCCGGACCAUGAGCAUCCUCCAUCCGUCCUUCAACAUAGUCAGGUCCCUCCAAGAAGCCCUCCACAGACACCUCCCGGACAACGUCCACCAGCUCAUCUCAGGCAAAAUGUGCAUCUCGCUGACCCGAGUGUCCGACUGGGAAAACGUCCUGGUGUCCGAGUUUCAGUCCAAAGACGACGUUGUGGACGCCUUGAUCUGUACCUCCUUCAUCCCUUACCUCUGUGGCUUAAUCCCCCCAACCUUCAGAGGCGUGCGGUACGUGGAUGGAGGGUUUACUAACAGUGUACCCUGCUUCGAUGACAAGACGACCAUCACUGUGUCCCCGUUCCUUGGGGAGCAUGACAUCUGUCCUAAGGUCAAGUCCACGAACUUCCUGUAUAUGGACGUGUACAGGCUCAGUCUCCGCUUCUGCUUAGAGAACGUCCAGCUGAUAAGGCAGAUGGUGUUCCCCCCGGAUGGCAAGGUCCUUGCAGAGUUGUUCCUACGAGGGUAUUUAGAUGCGGUCAGGUUCUUGGAAGAAAAUGGCAUCUGUGACAGGCCCCGUCCGAGCCCGAGUGUGCCCUCGGCAGCGCCCGAGUUCCUUCCGUUCUCCUGGGAAACCGCGAGCCCCGAGGCUUCCCCGGGGGCGGCUGCCUGGCAGGGGAGGCCCGAGGUGGCCGAGCUGCUGGCCCACCUGCGUGUCAGCCUCCGGCCCUGGGACGAGAGCAUCCUGGAGACCCUGUCGCCCAAGCUCAUUGCGGGCCUGAGUGAGGCAUGUAGACCCCGAGGUGGCUGCUGGAGCAAGAUCUGCAGCUUCCUACCAGUGAAGGUCAUGUCUUACGUGAUGCUGCCCUGUACGCUGCCCGUGGAGUCCACGCUCGCGGUGGCCCAGAGGUGAGCAGUGUGGGCGGCUUUGUCUGCACUGGGUCCUGGGCAUGUGCAUUACUCGCUUUCUUCAGAUGGACUUGGGUGUCUCCUUUGUUUUUAGUGAGUUAAGCCAGCAUUUCCUUCCGUCCAUCUUCUAAAGUCCAACCCGGCCUUCAAACUCCAGCUCCGCGGUCCUGCCCAGGGUGGACCUUUCCUGGUCCCUCCUGCCCCAACGAUGAGCCACCUGUUCCCACGCCGCCUGUCCUGCGUGGACACCCAGGCGUUUAUCAGAGCCCAAGCGUGGGGUCCUUUCGUGUCCACGGCCACGGAGCCUGUGGAGGCCGUGGUCAGGCUUGCUCUGCUGGGCUUGCACGUGGCCAAAGGCAGUCGGGCUCGUGGAGUGGGUGGUGUCUCCACUCCAAGCUUCAGGUAUCUUGAAUCUGGGAAAACCAGGCUUCUCCUUUAAUUGCCAUGUGAAUCCCUUGAGCUUUCCUGAAUCAGAAGUCACCUAACUUUGGUCCCUGGCCACUUUUGCUCAGUGGUUAGAGUGAAGGGUCCAGGGUUUGAUUCCAGUUAAGGGCACAUACCUCGGUUGCGGGAUCCGCGGUGCAUUGAUUGUUCUCAGUUUUUCAGUCUCUCCCCCUCCCUGCCACGCUCCGAAAAUCAGUGGAAAGAAUAUCCUCACGUGAGGAGUAACACGCACACAGAGGGGCCUAAAUCCGCCUCGUGAGAAUUGAUCGGGUUGGAAGUAGAAGUGCGCCCGCAGUUUAGCGGGACAAGGAGUAUUGCUGUACGCUCGCUGCCUGUUGUGCAGCUUCUGUUUGGCUCUCUACAUUUUGACUUGUCUUCCUGCUGACACGUGAGUGUGUGUGUGUGUGUGUGUGUGUGUGUGUGUCUGUGCAGACUGGUGCGGUGGCUCCCCGACAUUCCUGACGACGUCCAGUGGCUGCAGGCCAUAACUUCCCAGGUUUGUUCUCGACUGAUGACGCACCUGCUCCCCACGCUCAGACUUGCGGAGUCCUAGGCUGGUGGUGGAACCCCGAAGUCCAGACUGAAACAUGGCCUGGUGACGUGGCCGCUCUGAAAUCUGUACCCCGAUACGCAGCCAGGAGGGCCUUGUUCUGGUUCCGAGGACUGGAUCUUAUCCUGAAAAUCCUGGGUCUUGGCUUUCUCUGCUCAACGGCGGUCUCCGCACCUCCUCUGGGCUUCUGUGAGACACUGGGCACCCCUGGCCCAGUACUGGACGGGAGUGGGCACUCAG